UAAAGCUUGCGUGAUGAGUAAUGGAGCAGACAAUGUUUACAUCAUGUGAGGGAGGCCAGAUGGCAGCCGGGCCACGCUUCUAGUGCAUAUAUCUUCACUCUCUCCAUCAUCCAGUGUGGACUCUCUGAACUAUGUGUGCGAGGAACAUUGAGCACCAGAUGUAACUGAGAAUGCUGUACUUUUGCCCCACUUGUGCAAAUCUGUUGAUUGUGGAGGAGGGGUCACUGGGUAUGCGUUUUUCUUGCGUGACCUGUCCAUAUGUUUUUCCAAUAAAGAGAUGCGUGUCAUACAAGAUUUACCCCAAACUGAAGGCACUUGAUGAUGUUCUAGGAGGAUCAGCUGCUUGGAAGAAUGUUGACUCUACAGAUGAACCAUGUCCUAAGUGUUCUCACCCUAGAGCCUACUUUAUGCAAGUGCAGACUAGGUCAGCUGAUGAACCUAUGACUCUGUUCUACAAGUGCUGUUCACCAACUUGUGGUCAUCGCUGGAAGGAAUAA